AUGAAGGAAAUCCUAUACAUACAGGCCGGGCAACUGUCAAAUUACACAGGGACGCACUUUUGGAAUACUCAAGAGAGCUAUUUCACAUAUGGUGACGGAGAAGAACCGCUUACGAACAAUGAUGUUUCGUUCCGAGAAGGAAUUGGGCCAACGGGGGAAUUGACUAUUUGCCCUAGGUUGGUCAUUUUCGAUAGAAAAGCCAAUUUCGGGACUUUGGCGGCGAGUAACGCUCUGGGUGAGGUGGAUGACGUUGAAGAUGAAAGUGGAAGUGAGAGUGCUCCUGGACCUUGGACGGGCGGUAUCGUCGAGUAUCGUCAAACCCGCAUGGCAAAAAGUGUGUAUCAAAACAGGAUGGAAGACUUUAAAGAACAAAACGAAGAUCUUAGUCUGGCUGAAGAAGAAUUGGGAGGAGUCAGAUACUGGUCAGAUUUCAAUCGAGUGUACUACGUUCCGUGGUCCGUUCAGAAGCUGUCAAAUGUGGCCGAAUGGGAGACGCCUGAUGGAGAUUGGGGGGUAGGGAUGGAGUCAUUCAAGAGCUACGACGAUGAUAAGGGUUUGAUGGAGGGCGAUGUGCGGUUGUUCGUUGAGGAGUGUGAUUCUUUGCAGGGAGCACAAACAAUUAAUGACACUGUCAGCUUUGGAGGAUUCAUGAGCGGUUUCCUGACCGCCUUCCGAGAUGAUUUCUCGAAAUUGCCGCUGUUGGUUUUUCCGAUUCUCUCGGGAGCAGUUAGCGAAGAGAUCGAUGUGGAUAACACGCUCUCGAUGAAAAAAAGAAUCAAUGAUGCUCUAUAUCUGCGCUCGCUCAGCGAAUUGUCUUCGAUCACUGUGCCGCUUCAACCUGCCAGUCUUUGGUCCUCUGGAUGGGAUAACUCACUGGCUCCCCAUCGAAACGAACUGUAUAGUCAAUCGGCUUAUCUAUCAUGUCACAUCGAGACUUCGACUUUGCCCCUUCGACUCAAAGAGACAACUGAAGAUCUUUCCAGCAUCUCCGCAAAGCUUAAUUGGCGAGGCACGACGCCAUUUGUUAAUCUCGGUGGAGUAUUUCCUGUUUCGAGCGAAGAGUUCGAUCUUUCGCGGCAAUUCGUGAAUCUGUCGAUUCCCGGUCCAUUCAAAGCCUCUCCACAGUACUCCCGGUUAGACGUGACGAGAGGAUUUAUCCCUUCGUGGAUUUCCAAUUACGAGAGCUCCGCAGCGGCGUUGUGGUCUCUACGAGAUCCAUACGUUUCAAGGUUCCACGCGCCCACAUAUCCCAUACCGACAUCGUUUCCUGUUCAUGCGGAUAGGUCUGGACGUCCGCUUGGGGUGAAUAUGUUGGCGUCACUAGCAGCAAGUAGUGACACUGGACUGUUGUUCAAGAAUCAUGCGACGUUUGUGGAUGACUGUGUGAGAAAGCGUCGCUUGGACCUAGGUAUCGAUUUGGACGAGUUGAAGGAGUUGGGGAAUGGUCUUUGGACUUUAUACGACAAUUAUUCGGAGGGUGGGGACGGUGCAAUGUUUGAGGACUGA